CAGGCAUUCUGCUGCUGCUGCCGCUGCCGCUACAACAGCUGUUGCUGUUCUGUUGCUGUUUGCUUGCUGCUACUACUGCUGCUGCAGCGGGCGAAUAAAUCCAUUCACAAAAGGUUCACUAUAGCAGUGGCAGGACUGUUGCUGCCGUAAACUUGCUGUCGAAUAGGAAAAGUUGAAAGCGUAUAUUGAGUUUUAGAACAGAGCGACAACAUUUAAGAUUCCUGCAUAUAUUAGUACACUAGUAGAAUAUAUAGUCAUAUUAUAGGGGAAAAAAAACACCAGAUAAAAAGACAGAAGGGAAAGGUGAAGAAAGAAUUGAGGUGGGAUUUUCUUCUUCCCCAAUAUUACACGAUUUUAUAUCUUCAUGAAAAAUGUAAUCAAACAUUGGUUCUAAUAAGUGUGAUAUAUCAAAAUAUUUCAUUAGCGCUCCAGUCAGUCGAUAGUUUUUUUAAGCAAAAUCACGUAAAAUGUAAUGCUUAAUUUUUUUUUUCUCUGAGAACUCUGCAAAAAAAUACAUUGGAUUAAUUACUAUUUUGAAUGAAAACCUUAGCGGUACUGCUAAAACUCUAAUUUUGACCAACUAAAUUUAACAUUACUGCGAAAGCGCUCCACGACGUUGAUUAAAAGAAAUAAACGAAUCAAUCAAUAAAAAUUUAUUAGAUUCAGUAGCAAAAGUCAUAAGAUCUAUGGACCACACGUACCGAUAAAUGCAUUGAUAAGUAUAGACAUUUGACAGACGCGCAGAGGCACCACCGCGCAUAUAAUCAUAGAGAAAACGGACGCAGUCUCAUGCAUAAGGAUUUACAUGAGCGCUCAUACAUAUAGAGAUAACAACAGAAGAAAUCUAUAUAUGUUAUAAAGCGCUGGUGAUACACGGACACAAUUACGCAAGCGCACACAACUAACUGUUGAAUGUUCUGCUCAGGAGAUAUUACAAUUGAGAAAGUUGCUUCCCGCCACAGCAAGGCUAGUGAUAUUUGUUCUACCAGCUUGGUUUUUUUUUUAUUGAUGUGCAUAAAAAGGAGAGACGAUGAGUUCCUCAAACAUAACCGCUGUGAAAGAAUGCAGAGGGCUUGUAUUACCAAUACUUAUAGAGGACCACUGGAACGUAAAUUUUCGCGCCUUCCUUUACCUUUUGGCCAUGAUAUGGUGCUUUCUAGGAGUAGCAAUCAUAUCUGAUGUUUUCAUGUGCUCAAUUGAACGAAUCACCAGUAAAACCAGGAAGAUUCGAAUUUCUGAUCCUAAAGACAAAGAUGGUUUUCGUGAAAUAGAAGUGAAAGUAUGGAAUGAUACAGUAGCCAAUUUGAGCUUAAUGGCUCUGGGGACGAGUGCACCAGAAAUUUUAUUGUCGGUCAUUGAGACUAUAGGAAAUAAGUUCGAACCCGGUGAACUUGGCCCAGCAACUAUUGUCGGCUCUGCUGCCUUCAAUUUAUUGGUUAUUACUUCUGUAUGUAUGAUUUCGAUUCCAACUGGGGAAAUUCGCAAAAUCAAAAGUGUAAACGUAUUCGGUGUGACUUCCUGUUUUAAUAUGUUUGCCUAUAUAUGGUUAGCAAUUGUUCUGCUUGCCAGUUCGAAGGAUCUCGUGAAAGUCUGGGAGGCUGUGAUUACUUUUACUUUAUUUCCGAUACUUAUCGGCGUAGCUUUUAUAGCAGAUAAGAACUUUUUCCGGACCAAAAAUAAAAUCGGUACACCGGUGGAGAUUGGAAUUGAACUGGGAAACGAAGCGGAUUAUCCUGGCAGUAGCGAUUCUACUGUUGAUAUCAUAGAAAUAUCUCGGGAACUCGGCAGAAACAAAAACCUGUCUCCCGAUGAGGCUGCUAAACUAGCAGCAGCAACUGUUGCGCAGAACCAAACUCACACGUCUGCAUGGUACAGGAUUAAUGCUACUCGAUCGAUAACAGGAGGACAAAAGCUGGUGCCACAAGUGAGCAAAGCGUUCGCCAAUAUCUUCCUUGGUAUCCAGCAAGGUGGACGUGAGUGUGUGCAAGAAUCAAGAACGAGUCUCAAAGGCGAAACACCUGAUGACCUAAGUGACCAUGGUAACAAAGCUGUUGUUGAAUUCACAGCCAGUUCUUAUGCUGUUAUGGAGAACGAAGGUCAUGUUAAGAUCGGAAUCAAACGAACGGGAUGUCUUGACAUCACAGCUAAAGUUCGAGUGGAAACUUGUGAUGGAACGGCAGAAUCCGAAAGUGACUACAGACCAAUCAAAGAUACUGUGGUUUUUGAACCGAACGAGACUUCGAAAGAGAUUCAGGUGGAGAUCAUUGAUGAUGACGUUUGGGAACCAGAUGAGUUUUUCUACAUUAAACUUUAUCUGGAUUCGGACUCGGCUGAAAAUGAGCGAGUAGUUUUGGGCAAAAUCGCCAUCAAUAUGGUCACCAUUAUAAACGAUGACGAGCCUGGUCGACUAGAAUUUAGCAAACCGAGCUACGUGGUGAAAGAAAGUCUGCCGAACGCACUCGUUACAGUUAACCGUAUAAACGGCGCUGAUGGCGAAAUCAUGGUUUCGUGGCAGACGAGUCCGAUAUCUGCGACAGAUGGAACUGAUUUUGUUGGUGGAAGCGGUAUUUUGACUUUCGCCCACGGCGAAACAAGCAAAAAUAUCGAUAUCCCAAUAUUAGGCAAGAGUGGGAAGAGUGAUUUGAAUUUCCAAUUGGAGUUAAGCGACCCAACAUGUGGUGCGGAACUCGGAAGAGCAAAUCGCACAAUUGUUACGAUAGUAAGUGAUGAAGAGUUCAACAGCAUGGUCAGCCGAAUUGCUAAUUUGACUAAACAAAAUUUGGAUUCUUUAAAGUUAGAAAGUGCGACGUGGGGAGAGCAAUUCAAACAGGCUAUGAACGUCAAUGGAGGUGAUAUCGAAAACGCAUCAAACACGGAUUAUGGCAUGCACUUUCUGACAUUUUUCUGGAAGAUCGUAUUUGCUUUUGUGCCACCGCCGUCGCUGUGUGGAGGCUGGUUAACGUUUGUCUUCUCGUUAGCUAUGAUCGGCGUUAUAACAGCAUUGAUCAGUGACUUGGCCUCGAUCUUCGGUUGUCUGAUCGACUUAAACAAGAGUAUAACGGCCAUCACACUCGUUGCUCUAGGGACCAGUAUGCCAGAUACAUUUGCCAGCAGACAAGCAGCCCUGCAAGAGAAAUGGGCGGAUAAUGCAAUUGGAAACAUAAAUGGAAGCAACGCAGUUAAUGUGUUUCUGGGUCUUGGACUUCCUUGGUUUAUUGCUUCCGUGUAUCACUACAGCAACGGUACCAAAUUCAAUUUCCAAGGCAAAACUGAAAGUCUGGCAUUCACCGUUGUACUGUAUACCGUCUUCUCCGCAUUGACGAUGUCUCUACUCGUUUUGCGCCGUCUGCAUCCGGUAUUUGGCAAAGCAGAACUCGGCGGCCCAAAUUUAACAAAAUAUAUCACAGCAUGUUGUACAUUCCUUAUGUGGAUUCUUUAUCUCUUGUUCUCCAUCUUGCAAAUCUCCGGAGUCAUUACUGUCAGCAUAUAAACUCUCAGAAAUAUUCUCAUCUACUCAGUUGACCAUAUUCUUCCAAGUAACUUUCCACUUAAAGGGACAUAAUAUGUUCAAAAUGCACUUUUGUAUGCAUAACGUAGGGCUGUAUGUAAGCAUAUAUGUGUUUAUUUAUUAAUGUACAUACAUACGAAACUAUGUAUGUAUGUAUGUAUGUAUGUAUGUUAUGUAUGUUAUGUAUGUAUGUAUGUAUGUAUGUAUGUAUGUAUGUAUGUAUGUAUGUAGGUUUAAAAUCUAAGUUGUGUCCUCUUGAAAUACAUUUGCUAAUUCCUGUACUCCAAAAUUGUAUGUAGAAGUUAUAUUUGUGUGAGAUAUGCGUAAGAGUUGAAAAAUAUUGGGAAAAAUUUACACGUGUUCCGUUUACUAUUAGGAGUUACAAAAUUGUACAUAUAG